AAUAUAAUUUCUAUCUGAAAGGUGUAACUCAGGUGUAUGCAACUGGAAAUAAAAUGCUUCCCUCCACACAGAGGGGUUAUUUUCUAGAAGCCUCUAUCCAACCACUUCUUACACAGCUCAGGUGGAAAACGCGGAGAGAGGGCCAGGUGAAAUUUGCUUCUCUGGCCCCAGCAUCCCCAGCCAGACUGACUGUCCCGGCCACCUACAAAGAAACUGAGGUUCACGGAUGCAGCGCGACUCUAAAGGUACAGGGUCUUCAAGUCGUAGAAGCAGAGAUUAAACGUGAGUCUAUACUCUGAUCGUUGCCUUGGCGCUCUGCUGGGUCUGGCGUUGGCGUCGCCCUGCAGGAGGGUUCAGGGGAAGGACCCCAGGCAGGGAGUGUCCUGCCUGCACCCAGGGUUGGCGCCUUUGAUGCUGGUGCAUCUCCCAUGCCCGCGGGAAGCAGACCCAGGACACCCAUUGGUGCGGGGCAGCCACCUGUUUCCCCAGCAUCCUGAGGCUGGUUGGCAGCGUAGCGCAGGGAGGCGGGCUCCCCGGGACGCCCUUCAGCAUAUACGGGCACACGCCUCGCGGGCUCCGAGCCGUGCCAUUUGGGACGGAACGCCCAGCCCUUCGGCUUCUGGCAGAGGUACUCCAGUUUGGUUCAUCCUUUCUGCUUGGAGACAUUGCCUGUUUCCCUUGCAAACUGGGAAGCAGAAGCCAGCACAUCCGUCCAGCGAGGGUGGGGUGGCCGGAUCGCCCAGCGCGCCCUGAAGGUUCACCUGAACGGAAACCGAGGAUGGAGCCCUGGUGGGGCCUCUUCUGCCUCACGUUCCUGUGUUCUGUGAUGCACGUCCGAGGUCAAGGUGACUUUGAUUUGGCCGACGCUCUCGAUGACCCCGAUACCUACCCAAAGCCGACGCCUCCCCACCAGCCACAGCCCGGAAAUCCCGACAACAGUGGAAAUAUCUAUCCAAGGCCAAAGCCACUGCCACGUCCCCAGCCUGGCAGCUCUGACAACGGUGCAGGUGGAGACGGCUACCCCUCGCAUGGCAACCCACAAGGUAACACACAGGGACGGGGCAGCCCACCUUUCCAGGAGCGAGCUCUCCACAUCACUGUGGGAUGAAGUGGGGUAGACGUGUAAUGAUUUCAACCUGAGGGUGUUCAGGGAGCACCUACUGUUCCCAUGCUCGUCUGGAAGCUCCUGAACACACACAUCUGUCCUUCAAGGAGGGGUCCAUCCUGUGGGGGUCAGAGAGGGAGGGCGAGGACGGUCCUCAGGCUGCAAGAUGCCUCGGAGCUCCGAGAGCAGGGCUGGGGUUCGUGGACCUGCCACUGGGCCACCAAUGGCGUCCCUUUCAUUGACCACUACUGACCGGUGGCCAAAAUGGAGAGGAGAGGGGAAGUCAUGGCAUUCAGCCUUGGAGAGCCCCCAGAGGGCACUGCCAGCCCCAUCACAGGUCCAGAAAAGGGGGCUGGAGUCCGGAUGGUGGGCUGUUGUUGUGUGUCCCUGGGAGGAUGGGGUCCAGUCUCUUGGUCAUCUGGCAUUUGGGUGGAGAGUGACAGUGAAUCUGCCCAGCUGACCCCAAGACUUUGGGAACAAGAAAGGUGUUGAGGUGUCUCUCCAACCUUCAGACCCUAUCCCCGUGUGGAGUCUCAGUGCUGCUGUUUGCUGGGUGUAGGGACAUUCUGGGGAAGUCCAUGGAUGCGUCUCUCCUCGUGGGCAGGAGGUGGGGCAGGAGGGGUGCAUCUCAGGGCAAGAAUCCAGGUCUGACACGUGGUUUGACGGGGUCCACGGCAGGACAGAGGGACUCAUCCUAGCCUGGGGCAGAAUGGAGGUGGGUAAGGAUGCUCCUGGAGGGGACCAUCUCCAAGGCCGGGUCUUAAGGAUGGGUGGGAGGCAGCCAGGACAGGAGAGGUAGGUGCUGUGGUAGGUCGGGCUGGGUACACCCCCGGGAACAACUGUAGUGUAUGGGGCCAGGGUGUGGAGUGUGAUGGGCAGGGGGCAACACUUGGGACUGGCCAGGCGACCCCAUGGGCACGUCUGCACUUUCUACAUGCUCCAUGGGAGAAAGCCUGCCCCUGUUUAUACCUAUGUGACGCAUGGAUCAGAGGGCCAGUGAUGGUCAGGGAGAUCAGUGUUAAGACCCACUUAGUUCCCAGACUAAAGAGGAUGUUGUAGAGACAGUGGACAUGGGGAUAAGAGGUCAGCCUGGAGGACCAUUUGGUAGUCACCAUUGAUAUCACGUGGUUGAUUUGUAUGGGAUGGCAGAGAGGAAAGAGGUGUAUCAGUUAGCGGUGCUAUGUAACAAAAGAGCCCCAAACACAGUGAUUUUAAACAACCACCAUUGAUUAUGAUGAUGUGAGUCGCAAUUGGGCUAAAACCAGCCCACAUCCAUCCAAGAGGCCAGGCCAGGCUGGGCCACAAGGCAGCCAGACACGGUACCAGAGAAUAAAGAAGAGCAUCACAGCUUCAUGUC